AUGGAGCAGAAACAAUUAGACAUUAGAGAUGCAACUGUAACAGACAUCAAAAACACAACAGAUUGCACACUGAACGAGACACAUAAGAAUUGUUCAUGCAUGCCCGGACACAACUGGAGUGAGGACAUGUGCCAAAAAUAUGGCUGCUGCAAUAACAGCUGCACGCUAAAACUUAAUGACAUUGCUCUUCUGGCACAAUUCAGCACACUGAAAUAUUUUGAUUCUCUGAUUAUCAACGGUUACAGGUCUGGCAGUGUGAUUGUAGAUUAUACAGUGCAGAUAAUGAGUUCAGUUACGAUUCCAGAAUUGGAUAAAUUAGCCAGGACACUGGAAAAUACAACGUUGAAUUCUACACUAGUAACAACAGGCCUCAUCACUAUUAACGGUCCUCAGAAGGCAAUUGACAUUGGCUCCUCUGCAGAUAUAACUUGUACUCCACCAGAUAUUCUGGGAGAGGUUAAGUGGUUCUUAACAGAUGUGAAGAACAAAACAACAGAGAUCACAGAAGGAAAAGAGGCCGCCUUGACUAAGGCCGCCUCGACUAAGACCAACUUGCCUGAGACGAACAUUGUUAAACUAAAAGAUAUUUCAGGAAGCUGGAAAGGAACACUUAAAUGUGUGUACCAAAAAGGGUUCAUAAAACACACAGCAAGUACAAAGCUGGACAUAGCACUUCUGCCAGAAAUACAGGCUAUGAGCAACCCCCAAUUUCCUGACUGUAGAGAUGCAAAUAACCAAUUUGAUGUUGUAAUUGAGUGCAAAAUUUUAAACGACGGCGAAAAUUACAGUGUUACAUGGGAUAGUAAUUUUACUAACCCCCAAAAAGAACUACAAAGCAAUGGGAAUUAUUUAUCUUACAAAUUAAAGGGGACCAUACUCUGUGUAAAGAAAAAAGAGGCAGAGACUGUCACGUGUACAUUCACAAACACCAAAGCCGAAAAAAACAGAAUCAGAUCUCAGACUGUGGAGAUUCCCAUUAUUAAUGCCAAUUCGAAAUUCUGUGAAGGAGAAGGUGUGUGGCCCAUCACAAAAAACGAUUAUACGGCCCAACUGUCUUGUACGUACAAUGCUGUUGGUCUGACAAGCAGAAAUUGCUCUAACCAAAAAUGGGGAACGGAAAUCUCUUCUUGUGUGAUUACUGACCUACAUGAUGUUCAACUGGCUGUAGAGAUAUUAGAUAAAGGUAUAGGCUUUAUCAAGGACGAUGCUGACCGCCUUUUCAGACAAAUACAGCUUUCAACCAUUAAGGAGACAUUCAACUCAUUUUCAAAUAUUAAUACAUCUGUAGACAUUUUCCAAGCCAUGAACAGUGUUUCUAAACAGCAGUCGAAUCAAUGGAAUGAUACCAUCAUGCCUGACUUUGUAAGCUCUAUAAGCAACACUUUGAAUGACACACGUGCCUGGGAAAAUCCUGAAACUAAAAACACAAAUUUAUCUGUAACAUUUCUACAGACUAUUGAGGAAAUGAUGCACAAUUCAAAUCUGAAAUCGAAUAAUUCUCUUAUUUAUCAAAAUGUUAAACUGGUGCUCUGUAGUAAGGCCAAAGGGGAACAUUGCGGCGGCUUUAAUUCCACCGUCAGCACAGACGAUAGUGCUGUUGUCAUUGGAUACCAGAAUAUUCAUGAAAUUUUACCAGAGUAUAUUGGAAGACCCUUAGUGACCAACAUCUUGUCAGUUAUUGUAAAUAAUACCAAUAACAAUCAUUCCAACCGUGUUGAAAUGAAGUUCGAUUACGCUGAAAAAAGAGAAAGGAAUCAUGAAAUUCAUUGUGUUUUCUGGGAUGUAAAUAAUACUAUGUGGUCUUCAGAGGGGUGUGAAUGGGGUGGUGCGUCAAAUCAAAAGUUGUGCACAUGUGAACACAAUUCUGCAUUCACCAUAAUGAUGUCUCAAGAUGCAGAGACCCUUCCGUAUAUGGAGGAACUGACCUACGCUGGUUUAGGAAUAUCCAUCGUCUCACUUGUUCUGUGUUUAAUCAUUGAGUUUUUGGUGUGGGAUACAGUUGUAAAGUCACACAUCUCACAUUUUCGACACGUUGCCUUAGUCAACAUCUCUUUCUGCUUGCUGUUGGCACACUGUGGAUUUUUAGCAUCAGCCAAUCUGAAAGAAAUCCCCCAAAACUGGUGCUCCUUCCUCACAGUGUUCAAACACUUUUUUUUCCUCGCCGUCUUCUUCUGGAUGCUGUGCUUGAGUUUCGUGCUUCUUCACCAACUGAUAUUUGUCUUUGAGCAGCUGAGGAAAAAGGUUUUUUUCGUAUUGUCUAUCACUGUCGGUUACGUAUGCCCUUUAAUAUGUGUGGCAACAACCUUCAUUACUUUCGAGAACGGUAAAGAAAAUGAAUACUAUUCCAAAGAGACUUGCUGGCUCAUAUAUCGGGGUGUGUUGAAGGGCUCCAUCUUUUCCUUUGUAAUUCCUGCCAUAACUAUUGUGAUUGUAAACUUUUUUACACUGGUUGUGGUGAUUUUGAAGAUAGUAAAUCCUACUUUGUCGGAGUCAAAGGCACGGGACCAAAAGGAUGUUGCCAGGAGUAUGAUUAAGACAAUAGUUUUCCUAAGCCCUGUCCUGGGAAUAACUUGGCUCCUCGGAAUUUUGGUGCUGUACCUUGAUCUUACACAAAAACCUUAUGCCCAAAUUGUGGGCUACACAUUUACAUUGUUGAAUUCACUGCAGGGCUUUUUGAUACUGCUGACAAACUGCUUGGGAGAGAAAAAGGUUUGUGAUGCACUUAUGAAGCGUUUCAAAUCCAAGGUUAGUAUGCACGAGAGAAAUGUCUGCUUUUACAGAUGCAAAAUGCAUCAUGAACAUAAAUACAUGAAAUAA